GUCUGUGUGUCAGUCUCCGAAACUGAUGCUUCUUAAUCUCUUCAGUAAAGUGGAGUAGGCACGGGGGAAUCAUGGUAUCGCAUACAGAAUCCGAAUCACGAAUAUACAGUUAUGCCAGGAUACUGUCCGGGAUUUUUACGCAUGUAAUGUGUGCGGCUUUCACUGUUUUCGUGUCAGUACUGGCAAAGCCGGGGUCGAGUUUGUUUUCGUGGCAUCCGUUCUUGAUGACACUGGCGUUUUCGUUUCUUAUGACCGAGGCCCUUCUCAUCUUCUCUCCACAUUCCUCUCCUGCUCGGAAGUUCCCACAUAAAACCAAAGGACGGCUACACUGGAUUCUACAAUUUCUCUGUGCCUCUUGUUCGGUCCUGGGUCUUGGAGCCAUUUCCUACAACAAGCAUCUAAAUGGAAAGCCCCACUUCACCUCUUGGCAUGGACUAGUUGGCCUGGUUACAGUGUGUAUUGUAGGGAUGCAGUCAGUGGGUGCUCUGCCUUUGAUCUAUCAUAAGCUGGCCAAAGGCUGGUCACUGGCCAAGCUUAAGCGUUACCAUGCUGCUUCUGGUCUUAUUACCUACCUGCUGGGAAGUGCCAGCCUUUUACUGGGUAUUUGUUCUCUCUGGUUCACUGCUUCUGUGACUGGAAAUUCCUGGUACCUGGCAGCACUUUGUCCAACCUUCAGUGCAUUCGCCAUCAUGAGCCAGGUCACAAAUGCUUAUAUGGCCAAGAAGCGUUUACAGUCUUAAUGCCAACAUUGCCAAAGGAUAUAUUUAAAAAAUGAAUCAUCUUGGAAUAACUACAGACAGUGUUGCUGGUGUUGACUGAAAACUUGACCACACUGAGCUGAUGUUAAAGAGGGAGGCUCACCAGUGUUUGCUAUAAUGUACCUUGAUAAUGAUUCAGCAUAAUUUACCAUGCCAUUUUAUGUACCUUAAACUAUUACUAAAAUCAGGGACAAACUGUACUGUCUAGUCAUUUCUAUGUUUAAAUUACUGUCAUGAAAAUGCUUACACUAUUGCUUAUAACUGAAAAAAUUGCUUAUAUUUGUGUAUGGCAGAGUGCUAUUGGCUGAGAUUUGAUACAUGCACAUACUGUAUACUGUAUGAUUUGAAAUCUUAUUUUUUUUAACGAUGUCGUGAGGCAUUGCUGAUCAUUAUUCUUGUGUAUUUAUGUAAUGUGUCAAUGCGAUUAUGUGACUAGGCAAAUGCCGAUAAGCUGUCUG